CCCUUGAAAUCAUAAAAGCAAAAUCUGAGUUAUUUUCCCUUCCAUAAACUCUUCCUCCUCCCACCUCAGCAAAUCUUUCCAUUCCUCUCUUGGCACACAGCAUUACCCACUCCUAAUAACUACUUUGUCUCCUAUAACCAUUCCUUCACUUAACCCCAAGUAAAUGGUGACCGUGGAGGAAAUCCGCAACGCCCAGCGGUCCCAUGGCCCCGCCACCAUCUUGGCCUUUGGCACCGCCACACCCUCCAACUGCGUAUCCCAAGAGGAUUACCCAGACUACUAUUUCCGCAUAACCAAAAGCGAACACAUGACCGACCUCAAAGAAAAGUUCAAGCGCAUGUGUGAAAAGUCAAUGAUAAAGAAGAGAUACAUGCACCUGACGGAGGAGUUUCUCAAGGAGAACCCGAACAUGUGCGCGUACAUGGCACCGUCUCUGGACGCGCGUCAGGACAUAGUCGUGGUGGAGGUGCCGAAGCUCGGAAAAGAAGCAGCUGCUAAGGCGAUAAAAGAAUGGGGUCAACCAAAGUCAAAGAUCACGCACCUCGUGUUCUGCACCACUUCAGGGGUCGACAUGCCAGGCGCAGAUUACCAACUAACAAAGCUUCUUGGUCUCAGGCCUUCCGUAAAGCGCUUGAUGAUGUACCAGCAAGGUUGCUUCGCUGGCGGCACCGUGCUCCGUCUCGCCAAAGAUCUCGCCGAGAACAACAAAGGCGCUAGGGUUCUCGUCGUGUGCUCCGAAAUCACAGCCGUCACGUUCCGCGGCCCCUCCGACACUCACCUCGACUCGCUCGUCGGUCAGGCUCUCUUCGGCGACGGAGCCGCAGCGGUUAUUGUCGGCGCCGAUCCGGACCUCGCCGUGGAGCGGCCGAUUUUUGAGUUAGUGUCGGCGGCGCAGACUCUUCUGCCGGAUUCCGACGGUGCAAUCGACGGUCACCUCCGGGAGGUAGGGCUGACGUUCCAUCUACUGAAGGACGUUCCUGGAAUAAUCUCGAAGAACAUUGAGAAGAGUUUGGUGGAAGCCUUUACGCCGAUUGGAAUCAGUGAUUGGAACUCGAUUUUCUGGGUGGCGCAUCCCGGCGGACCGGCGAUUCUGGACCAGGUGGAGGCGAAGCUGCGGCUGAAGGAGGAGAAGCUCCGGUGCACGCGUCACGUGCUAAGCGAGUACGGAAACAUGUCAAGCGCAUGCGUUUUGUUUAUAUUGGAUGAGGUGAGGAAGAGGUCUAAGGAGGAAGGGAAAGGAACCAGUGGUGAUGGGUUUGAGUGGGGUGUGUUAUUCGGGUUCGGACCCGGUUUAACCGUUGAGACCGUUGUGCUCCAUAGUGUUCCCUUGGAGGGUUGAUGAAGUUUGGCGGUGGGGCCCAUUAUGGGGAAAGUACUAAUUAUAAAUUAAUAAGGGAACCUCACGCAAAUGGAGGGAAAAGUGUGAUAUUUAGUUUUAAUUUAGAGUUUGUCGUGCUAUAAUUGAUGGAUAAGAAUUACUCAGUAUGCACGAUCGUGUUUGCAAGUGAUUUGUUUGUGAAUUUGUUACUUCCAUGUUCUGGCAUUGGAUAUUUUCAUUCAAUAAGUUUAGUAACAGACUUUAUAAAAUUAUAUUUGCUAUUGGUUUAUUUUGUAAAUUGGGUAAUAUUUUAUUUUAUAGCAUUCGAUUGCUAUAAAAUAGUUUAAUAUUAUCUUCGUAAUAAAUUUGGUAAUAAUUUAUAAUUUUAAUAAAAAUGUUAUAUUAAAGUUUUC